UCCAACUACCCAAUGCCUCCUCUCUCAAGUUUUCUUUAUUCCCCCAACACCAGUGUCUAUUUUGUUUUCUCUUCAAUGCAAGGAAGCUAUGAUUCUUUGUACUCGUGUAUAAAUUGAAUGCACAAAAGAUACUCUUUCUUCACAGAGACACCAUUCCUCCUCCUCCUGUCUAAGAAACUUUAUUCAUUAUAUUGAAGUUCUGGGCAAAGAAGAAACUACACGACUUCAUUAUAGAAGCACCUAGAGUUAUGAAAGGGGGAAUGCACACGCGUUCGAUGUUCUUUCUCUUCUAUUUUCUUUGUAUUUCGGAUACAAUCAUUGCAGUUGAGCUCCCCUCAGAAGCAAUCAGAAAAGGCAAAAAAAUCACCUAUCAAGAAAACCAAAUGAUCUUUUCAUCUUCAGCAUCCACCACCUUGCGAGAUACAACUACAGGAAACGUCCCAAUUGUAAAUCCAACACCAGGUACAACUCCAAGUUUAAAUCCAAACACGCCACCUGCACCAACCAACACUGGACCAACUAUAACUCCACCGACCCCCACGGGACCAACCAUAACUCCAACGACCCCCACCGGACCUACCAUAACUCCACCGACCCCCACCGGACCUACCAUAACUCCACCGACGACAACUGGACCAACAAUAACUCCACCAACUACCAACGGACCACCCACUACUCCGACAUCAUCAGGUGGUGCUUGGUGUAUUGCCAGUCCGUCAGCUUCAGAAACUGCUUUACAAGUUGCUUUGGAUUAUGCUUGUGGUUAUGGAGGUACAGACUGUUCAGCCAUUCAACAAGGUGCAAGUUGCUAUGAUCCAAACACAGUUCGUGACCAUGCUUCUUACGCUUUCAAUAGCUACUAUCAGAAGAACCCAUCUCCCACCAGCUGUGAUUUCGGGGGAGUAGCACAACUCACCAACACUGAUCCAAGUCAUGGGAAUUGCCACUUUGCUUCUUCCACUACCUCCGGAACACCACCUGCAACUCCAACAAUGCCCACAACUCCAAUGACACCACCCAGCACAACUUCACCUUCCAUGCCCGGUGGAGGAAUUGGCUCUGGUAUACCAUCAGGCUAUGAUAAUGGCUCGGCACCAAUAGGCACCCCAAGUUCAGCAAAGACAUCAUCAUACAGCCUACUGCUGCUCAUUACCAUGAAUUGUGUCUUACUAUCAAUUGCAACAGAAAUUUAUUCAUAAACAAGAUAAAAACUUAUUGUUACCAUCUCCUGAAUGAGAUGGCAAUUCCUUGGCUGCCUCCAUGUCAUGCAAAAUUUUGAGGCAGAGAGAUACUGAUAGAAAUAAAUCUCAAGGCCUUCACCAUAGAGUCAUAUUGAUAUACGGCAUAUAGAUCAAGUAGCCAGGGGAUAGUGAAGAAGCACAUCAUAAUGUAGUUGGUUAUUUAUAGUUAUACUUCAGUAGCUAAUAAGAGUGUUUGUUGCAUAGUACUCGACAAUAAUGUACAGCUUAGUUACUUAUUCAUC